CCCGGAGGUGCCGCGCCGUAAGCGACGGGCGGAGGGGGCGGGCGGGAGGACGCAUCCCUGCAGGUACUUAACGUGCGGGCGUGCUCCGUUCCCGCUUUGUACAAACGCGGCUCUCAUUUAGGGAACCUCUGAAAACCUAAGCAGCCGUGCGAGCCCGGUGGCUGCAUCACCUCCCCCUCCGGCCCUUCCCACCUACCUCCCCCGAGCGCACGCACACGCGCAACCGCUCCCUCCGGCACUUCUCCCCGCCGGGCGCCCACUGCCCGCCUCGCUCCGCUCCCCCGUCCUCGCAGAGCGGCUCCGGCCGGCGAGGGGCGCAUGCGCAGGGCCGCGGAGCCGCCGUCCCCGGGCGGGGAGAGCGCAUCUGCCGGGCCGGCAGCGGGAGUGGGAGCGGGCACGGCAGCCCCACGGGUCCCCGCCGCCGCCGACAUCCCCAUGGGAUCGGAGCGGACGGAGAUGCGCAAGCGGCAGAUGGCAGCAACCCAGGAGACCCCAGGCACAGUGCAGACUCAGCACAGCGUAGGGAACCGCGGGCCCAACGCCUGCUGCUUCUGCUGGUGCUGCUGCUGCAGCUGCUCCUGUCUUACUGUUAGAAACCAGGAAGAAGAGAGAGCAAGGAGAACAUCCCAUGAACUCCAAGCAGAGGGAAUUCCGAACUGUGAGGAAAGCCCCGCUCCUACUCUUGAAGAAGUGAAUGCUUGGGCUCAGUCAUUUGACAAGCUGAUGCUCACGCCAGCUGGUCGAAAUGCUUUUCGUGAAUUUCUACGAACAGAAUUCAGUGAAGAAAACAUGCUUUUCUGGAUGGCCUGCGAGGAACUGAAACAGGAAUCCAACAAAAGCGUCAUCGAAGAAAAAGCAAGACUGAUUUAUGAAGAUUAUAUUUCUAUCCUUUCUCCAAAGGAGGUCAGCUUGGACUCCAGAGUAAGGGAAGUGAUUAACCGAAAUAUGCUGGAACCCUCACAACACACCUUCGAUGACGCACAGCUUCAAAUCUAUACCUUAAUGCACAGAGACUCCUACCCACGGUUCAUGAACUCUGCUAUUUAUAAGGACUUGCUUCGGUCCUUAUCUGAAAAAUCCAUUGAAGCAUAGGAUUCCUUUUUUCUUAUGUGUAUUUAUUUUAAAACAAAUGGGACUCUGGGCUACCCCGAUCAACAGGGAAUUUAGUAUUCAUUUACCUGAAAACAACUCAGGCAAGUUUUACUACAGACUGAAUGCUUGGAACCCGCACAAGGCUCUGAUACGAUCAGCUAACUACAGUUUCUGAUCAAAUGAAGUAUUACUUUGCAGAAGAGAAUGAAGAACAAACAUUUAUGUUAAAAAAAUAA